ACAAUUACUCAUAUCCAUAUGAAUGAUGGUUAAAUUCUGUUGAAUUUAAUAUUUUCAGUUUAACCGUGUAACCACCAGGAUGUGGGCAAUAAUCGUUGUAAUAAUUUUGAUUUAUUUUUUCUUAAAUAUAAGAGUGAAUAGACCAAACUUAUACCCCCCAGGACCUAAAAUACUGCCAAUUGUAGGUAAUCUUUUGUCGGUUUUAUUUGAGUUAAAGAAAGUGAAAUAUCACCAUAGCGUGUGGAAGUCUUGGUCUCACCGUUACGGGAACUUGCUGGGUCUAAGACUUGGCGUCGUAAACGUCGUGGUUGUGUUUGGCAAAGAUUUGAUCAAGGAUGUCAUAGCGCGAGAUGUAUUUGACGGACGGCCCGACGGCUUUUUGUACACGAUGCGGUCUUUUGGGAAAAAACUUGGUAUUGUUUUCAAUGACGGCUCAUCCUGGAGUAAAACCAGACGAGUAGCGCUGAAGUUCCUGAAAGGCUUCGGCUACGGCUCCAGACAGAUGGAACUCCAUAUCGCCGAAGAAUGUCAAACUCUAGUGGAUAGGCUACAAAAAAUCCGCGCACCAGUUCUAGUCAAUGGCAUGUUUGACAUUUCCAUCAUCAAUAUCGUAUGGCGGUUUGUAGCGGGGAAAAGAUACGAACUCGAUGAUGAACGUCUCAAAAACCUCUGUGAUUUGAUCAAUCGGUGUUUCAAAGUGGCGGAUAUGAGCGGUGGAGUGUUAACUUCUAUGCCUUACCUGAGGCACGUCAUUCCAGACUUCAUAGGGUACACCGAAAUGACCGCAGUGCAUCGGGCUCUUCACCAGUUUCUAAGAGAAAUUAUAGAUGAACACAAGGAAAGCCUGGACUUAACUAACCCUAGAGACGUGAUCGAUGCCUUUUUAAUAGAAAUGCACAAUAAAAGUGAAACGUUUUGUGAAGAAGAUCUGCAAGUGGUAUGUUUAGACAUGUUAGAGGCUGGCGUAGAGACGGUGAACAAUACAGCUGUGUUUAUGCUUCUCUACCUGAUUCACAACGAUGCUAUUCAGAUACGAUUGCAGAACGAGAUUGACGAGGUGGUUGGCAAGAAUAGGGCUCCGGCGCUAAGCGACAGAAAAAGAAUGGUAUACGCCGAAGCUGUGAUAAUGGAAUCUUUGCGAAUGGCGAGCAUCGCGCCCGUUGGUAUACCGCACAUGGCGUUGGCGGAAGCAAAGCUUGGCGACUACAUUAUACCCAAGGGCACUUUCGUUCUGCUGGCUCUACAUGACCUCCACCACGGCAGCCAUUGGAAGGACCCCGAAGUGUUCCAGCCAGAACGGUUUCUUACGAAGGAAGGGAACCUCAUGCAGGACGAGUGGUUCAUGCCGUUUGGUGCUGGUAAGAGACGAUGUAUCGGCGAAGGUUUGGCCCGAUCGGAGCUGUUCAUGUUCUUGACCCAUAUUCUGCAAAGGUUCAAUUUAAAACUACCUCCUGGAGAAUCGAUGCCUUCAAUCGAACCCGUAGAUGGCCUUACUCUAUCAGCGAAACCUUUUAAAAUUAAUUUUGAACCAAGAUUUUAGUUAGAACAGCAUAAUUAUACUUCAAAUCGAAUAAAACAUUAAAAAUGUGUCAAAAAUUUUAAUUUUAGCUUUUGAUUUUGUAUUUAAAAUCUACAUAAAAAAAGACAUGCAAACAUCUGUCAUUUUAGAAAAAAAUAUAGAGUCUAGAUCUAGGAUGUGUUAGAACAGGCUUUUGAUAGUCUAAUGGUUGAUCUUCGUAAUCUAAUGCAAUCAUAACAUGAAGGUAGGUAAUAAAUAGUAAAUGGGAUCGAGUUACAUAUCAAAAAGCUUUAAAUUAUUUAUUUAAACUACAAUCUACCAAUAAUGCUUAUUGUUUCAUGGCUAUAAUAGCCAGCCAGGCUAUUCAUAAUACUAUUGAUUGAAUUAAACAUUUAUUACAUCUCUAUUUUAAAUGUACCUACAUUAUUAUCAAAGUUACGGAAUUAUAAAGCUGUUUUAUUUAAAUAAUUUGUUUCUUUUAAGUGGAUUGACCUUUUUUCUCUUCUAAUGAUUGCUAUUCAGCACGGAAUUCGUCGUAAUGUGUUCCAUUGUUUUGGUGAUAUUUAUGAAUAUGUAGAGCUAUAUUGUGCAGAAACCUACUAACAUUAAUCGAAUCGCCAGUUGUAUUAUACUACUUAAAAUUCAUAGAAAAGGAAGUGCUAAUAGCUGAAACUAACAAUAUCACUAUUAUGUUACCAAACAAUGCGUCUAACUAAAGUUCCCGGGAUUCCCCCAAAGUUUCAUGGAAUUUGAAAGGUAUCCUUUUCUAUUAAACUUACAGUUUCACUUCAUAGUACCUACUAUUUUUGUAAGUUUGUGCUUACACACAGAUAACUUUGACCUCCUGGUUAUCGCAUUUUACGACACCAAACAGUGAGAAUCCAAUUUGUCUUUACAUACACUUACAUAGUACAUGCAAAGACAUUG